AUGUCGAGCGUCAAGGAUUCCCAUUCCCAAAGCUACCCUGAUGCCGAAGGUUAUUUCGGCCAGUUUGGUGGCAAUCACUAUCCACCUGGGGUUCGGCCAGCCCUAGAAGAAUUGGCCACCACUUACCAGGAACUGUGUCAAUCCCCAGAAUUCCAGCGCGAUCUCAAGAAGGUGCGCACCGGGCUUCAAGGGCGGCCAACACCGAUCCAUUAUCUCGAAAAUCUCUCGAAGGAGGUCGGAGGCGCUCAGAUCUUCAUCAAACGAGAAGACCUAAAUCACACAGGUGCGCACAAAAUCAACCAUUGUGUUGGCUUCGCACUUCUCGCCAAGAAAUUGGGCAAGACGAAGCUGAUUGCCGAGACCGGCGCUAGCCAAUAUGGCGUCGCACUCGCAACUGCAGCUGCUUAUUUUGGUCUUAAAUGCGAGAUCCACAUGGGCGAGAUCGAUAUCAGUAAACAGAGAUCGAACGUUGGGCGCAUGCAGUUGCUCGGCGCACGCGUAGUGCCAGCGACCACUGGCCAGUCUGCCCUAAAGGAGGCUAGCGACUCGGCUUUCAACGCGUACGUAGAGCAGCAUGCGUAUGCUCUCUAUGCUAUCGGAUCUGCUAUUGGCCCACACCCCUUCCCCCUGAUUGUUCGGGACUUCCAGAGUGUCAUUGGCCAAGAGGCCCGCGAACAAUUUCUUUCCAUCACGAAUGGUAGCUUGCCCGAGCAUGUUGUUGCCUGCGUUGCUAGUGGCUCCAAUGCAAUGGGUAUGUAUUCAGGCUUUCUUGACGACCCAGAUGUUAUUUUGCACGCAGUAGAGCCGCUGGGCAAAUCCGAUGAACUGGGCCAACACGCGGCGACGUUGUCCUACGGCAGACCGGGGACGUUGCAUGGUGCUCGAUCGAUUGUGCUGCAGUAA